UGCUCGCGCGCCGGUCUCGCACACUCGCUGCUCGCACCACUCCGGUGACACACGCUCGACAACACAACACUUUAUAAAUCCAGUGCUAAUAUUCAUACAGUACUAGUGACUUCCAAACUCGAACAUUGUGUUUUUUUAGUGUUGACAGUUCGCGAGUGUUUCGUUCCUGCGGCCAGUGACAAUUAGUUUGGUUGGAAAGUUCUUAUGUCAUUUUCCGACAUUUCGUUUAUCGGGAAUAUUUUGUUCGCAUGAACAUGGACUUGCCCAAAGGAGCUACAUCAAUGCGUUGUUCAUGGAUGUCUUUUUAACUGGUUUUCCCAAAAAGCUUUUGGUAGCUACAACAGUACUAGUAGUUAUAGCAAUGAUUGUGAUGCCAUCCGAAGCGCGGACGUUAGAACACAAAAUUAGGCAUGAGAGGCGACAGCAUGAGGCGUUAGCACCAACCAAAGACGUGAGGAUGAAGCUAGAGAGCCGCGUGGUGGAACACAGGAGACGGCCGCACAGAAAGCAAACCGUCCUGCCUCAAGCCAAAGACACAGAAAACGUCAGACAGAAAAACGUCCAAUCAGAUCGCUUCAAGACCGCAACGAGAAAAAUCACAAAAAAGUUGACGAACACGAGGAGGUUCUUCAUCGAGGAGCGAAAAGUCCUGAACGAGACGCGGGAGUACAGGGACGGCAUGCCUGACUGGCUGCCCACCAUCAACUUCGUCGACAUUCACUUCUACAACUACAAAAAACGUGGCGCGACCAUGUCUGAACGCAAAUUCGCGUACCUGAUGCCAAAACUUUACAAGUCGCUUGUAGAGUACCAAGAUAUCUUCAAACUGCUCAUCAAAGUAGAAGUUGAAUUCGCCGACGAUCCUUUCUGCUCGUACAACAAAACCCGCCACGAAUUAAUAGGGAAGACUCUUCAUAGAUUAUACAGUACUAUAGCCGAAGUAAGGGAGAAUAUGGUGUCUGUAAAUAUACCAGUGCCUCAAGUUAGCAAAAACAAGAACUUACAAGUUUUAGAAAAGAAGGUUGAUGCGCCCCAGUGUUUGAAGAACGACUACAUAGCGUUCAGAGCGUACGGCAACCUUCUCAACAACUGGUACUCAGAAUUCAGGUGUCCCCGAGGCAAGAAAGUUAUCAGGAAUAACAGCAAAUGUGCCGACUACGAGGCCAAACUAAAAGAAAAGAAAGAUAAAAGAUAUAAGAACACUGAAAGAUGAACGAGUUAGUUGAUUGUUGUGACUUAAGAUAAUCUUCGCUUCGACUAAUUAUUUAUUUAAAUUACAAUCGAUGUAGUCCCCUGUUGUACUUAUUUAUUGGUAGGUCCGUAACGCACGCUCUCUAACACCAGUCGUUGGUUGUAUUCGAAGUGCUUGACGAAACAAUUGUUGAUUAAGUAUUGGGUACUUUCUCUGUGAUAUUUAGUAUUCUGUAGAUAUUAAUCAUUAAUUUAUUGAAAGUUUUAGCUUGUAAGCCUUUCUGUUCAGUUCCUUUGUACUUAACUGUUAUAUUAUUCUGUUUCAUGUUACGACGAAACUAUAUUAAUAAGUUGAUCUUAAUUUAUUGGAAUUUAACCGACAGUAUUUAUUUAAUUUAUACUAAUAAUCUCUUUAUUUCAAUUGCUGAAAUGGAAUCUGAUUUGUAUGCUGUGCAUUAACUAAAAUGACUUAAUAUUUCUCUUAUUAUAUCUCGAGUAUUAUUAGCAGGCAAAACAUGCCGUUUUAGCCAAGAAAGACUUUUAGCCUUAUAUAGUAAGUUGCUUAUUUAUGUAUUGAGUAAGUUAUAUAUAAGUCCCUAUGUAUAGAAAUGUGCCGUUAGAUGUUAGUGAAUAAUGAACUGAAUACCAUGUGAAUAUUACCUAUGUUUUAUAUACGAAUUGCAUAAUUUUCCAAUGCAAAAUUUGUUACUAAAUGUGAAAUAUAAGUACAUGAUUUAAAUAAUAAAAUGAAAUAAAUGGAUUC